AUGGACCAGCUUCCUGUGGAAAUCCUCACGAAAAUCAUCGACUAUCUCACUCCACCAGAGCAGGUACAGCUUCAGUCUGUCUCUAGGCGAUUCUUCGCGCUAGCCCGCGACAACACCUUAUGGCGGCUCCAUUGUUACGAGAACACAUGGGCCGCUCUAUCAGCCGCCCGCCCUCGUAUCGGAGGCUCUGAUAGCAUCGCCACAGAAUCUACUGCGACUCUCAGUUCACUCGGACAACCGUCGCUCCUUUCUCUUAUCCAACCCCACGCCUCGCAGGCCAACAAUACGACUCCGGAUGCACAGAACCUGACCCCGACGUUCGGUGAAAGAGCAAGGGCUGCGGCAGCUUGGGAUCCAUCUGCAGAGGGAGAGGAUGUCGAUUGGUACUCGGAAUAUAUUGCUCGGAAUGGACCAGUUUCACUCAGCUGGCUCCAGCAGCCGUUCUCCCGGACGCAUGGUGGUCGGAAAUCUUACAUCGAAGUCAAGGGAAUGGGGCUCUUGAAAGAUUGGAGUUUAGCCAGACAGAACAAAGUCAUAUCACCUUUGAGUGACGGGAGUGUUUGCGUUUGGGAUCUAAACCACUCUCACGCGAUCGGUUCACGAGUCACGAAGGGCAGCAUACUUGGGAGGAGUGCACCGGGGAUACUGACGGUUGACAUGUCUCGGAGAAAGGAGAACUUUGCGGCGAAAUCGGCAUUAGAGUUCAUCAACCUAGGAGAAUGUGUCAGCGUGGAUUCAAUUCGCCAAAGGGCGUAUUUGGCCGUUGGGCACGUCGUGAAUGAAGUCGAUCUCGAGACGCUCCAGAUUAUAUCCCAACAACGCUAUCCUUGGUCGGUAUUUGCCUUGUCUCAAGAGACCGACUACUCCGUCCCAUUAACUCUAGCAACUACACUGAGUCUACACAUUUACGACGGCCGCCUUUCAAAGACAGAGGAAGAGGAGACCAUCCACUUGCGCUGCGAGCAGCCGACUGUUACGUUGGUCCCAGAGUCCCUGAUUUAUACUCCCCCAGACUCGCCACUUUUGCAGAUUCAGCCAAAUGGCAUGCCACCACAUCGCAUUCGAAGCCCGGAUCCGUCUGAAGCCAGUGACAACUAUGCACCACUGUUUCAGCCAGGGCCUCUGUCAGUUCUACAUCCUCCCGCUCCGCAUGUGAACUCGAUCUUUCUUGCGGGCCGCUUUCCAAGUAUACUUCAAUAUGAUCGUCGCUACUUCCCAAAGCUACAAAGCACCGUUCACUCAGGUGGGCGACUUUGCGGUCUUGUCUCGGUCCCUGCGCCUCGGUUUCCGGUAUUUUCCAGCUCGAAAUACCCAGCCUCACACACUGUGGCUGCUUGUGGGGAAUACAAUGGGAAGGGCUCUCUUGAAUUAUAUAAUCUCACGCCGUCUGGUGAAAAUGGUGAAAGCGGACCAUCAGGUUGCUCCUCUAGCCUUACAACAGCAUAUCAAAAUCGGCAAAGCGCGGCGCGCUCAAAAAUCCUAUCCGUUCAAUCCCAUGGUACUCGAAUUGUGUAUUCCGACGGAGAUGGCAAUAUCAAGUGGGUUGAGCGUGAUGGCCGCACUGAAGUUCGUCGUCUAAACAUCAAUUCAUAUCGUCCCCCUGCAGGGACUGCGUUUAAUUCCGACGGCCACGCUCAAUCUCAUAAUGACGACAGUACGCAUGAUGUGAGCGGACUGUGGGCUAGUGUGUCUCGCGCUCAAAACGAAGGAGAUGUUGCCAGAAAAAUCCUUCCAACAGGGGGCAAUCUCACUGGCGACGAGCUUCUCGUUUGGACAGGAGAUCGUCUAGGCCGAAUUAGGUUCUCUGAUACACCGGAUGCCGACGAGAUCGGCGAAGACGACGAAAUGUCUCUUGAUGGGGACGUCGAUGACGCCACACGUGAAGAAGUGCGGUCUAGAAAGCGCGAGCUACAAGCGCGCGAACGAGAAUACUCCAAAAUGAUGCGAAGAGCUCUAGAGACACAAGCUGACGAGGUGCGGCGGAUGGGAGACUUCGGUCUCUAA